ACCCCAUAGGAAACAGUAAAUCAAGCAAGAUGUCUGGCCGAGGAAAGGGAGGUAAAGGGCUCGGGAAAGGAGGCGCCAAGCGUCACCGCAAAGUUCUCCGUGAUAACAUCCAGGGCAUCACCAAGCCCGCCAUCCGCCGUCUCGCUCGCCGCGGUGGAGUCAAGCGUAUCUCCGGGCUCAUCUACGAGGAGACCCGCGGGGUGCUCAAGGUUUUUCUGGAGAACGUCAUCCGCGACGCCGUCACCUAUACCGAGCACGCCAAGAGGAAGACCGUCACUGCCAUGGACGUGGUGUAUGCGCUCAAGAGGCAGGGCCGCACUCUUUACGGCUUCGGAGGCUAAACUGGACCGACACUGCUCAACAACACAAAGGCUCUUUUAAGAGCCGCCCACUCCCGUUUUCAGAGCUGCUCUCCUUAGUUCUGCAUACGUAUCGCAUAGAAUUUCAAAAUAUAAGUAAAGAAUGUAAGUUAAAAUGAUAAGAAAAGGGGACACCGUUUGUUUAACAUAACCUAAAAUGUGUGAAUCAAAAUGUGUCUUGUGCUAUUUUAUUUCUCUGUAGUUGCACUGUAAUUUGAAGCAGCGUCAGACACAACUCUGAAGCCACACAGCGCUUCAACCUCGUCUCAGUUCUCGGUUAGCACAGAAACUUGUUAAUUAAAAAUCCGCUUGUUUGAAAACGCGGGAUAUUUGAAUAAUGACAUCAAAUUGGUGGGGCGUUAGGCUUUCUUUCUCCUCAGGCUGCUGUGAAAGUUGGCACUCCAACAUUUUAAUUUCGCUACAUUGUGAGGCUACUGCCGCUCACUCCUCCAGUGGUAUGUAGAAUAAAGCUACAGGGUUUAAAAAAAAAAAAAAAAAAAAAACGUAAAAAAA